UAAAUGAGUUUUUAGCCCUUGUAGGACUAUGCGCUUUCUGCUCAAUUGUCAACAACAAACGUCAUCGAGUUGUCAAACUUUUUGUCCAAUUUUAUUAUGCAUUUUUUGCAUUUAAUUCGCAUCAAUUAGAGGGACAGGGAUGGGUCAGGACGAAGCCCCCGAUUGCACCGACCGUUGCAAAUCAACCCAACACGGUGACAUAAUCACGGCUGCAAUUUCCCGGCGUUGUGUCUCCGAUUUUGACCUCUGUUCCUACAUAAGCUACAUUUGCACCUGUUGCGAGUCCGUGAAAGACUCCUUAGGACGCACAGCCCUCCAUGUCGCCGCGUCGUGCGGAAGACUCGAGCUCGUAAGGUGGUUAAUACACAAACGACACGCAAACAUUAACAUUAGGGACGACGAAUCGGGCUUCACCCCCUUACACAGGAGCAUUUUUUACGGCAAAAUCCACGUCGCCGUCGAGCUCAUCAAAUUAGGGGCCAACACGAGCCUCCUAGACGCCAACAGUCUCACAGUCCUCGAGCAUGCAAUGCUCGACGGCUACACGCCCGAGGCAAAAUGCGGCGAGUUGUACGCCUGGGGCUCCAAUUGCAACAACUCUCUGGGGCCCCAGCAGUCGCGCUCCACCCCCGAACUCCUCGACGUCUUCCACAAGAAAUAUCCAGACGAGAGCGUGCGAAAAGUCGUCUGUGAGAAGUUUCACAGUGUUAUUGUGACGUCAGGGGGGCUGGUGUACACCUGUGGGCAUGGGCAAGGCGGCAGGCUGGGGCUAGGCACCCAACGCACGGUCGUGGCGCCCGAAAUGGUCACCUUCCCACAAACCCAUGAACCCAUCACGUGCGUGGAUGUGGCCGUUUCGAGGGACCAUAGCGUCUUUUUGUGCUCGGACGGCAAUCUCUAUUCCUGCGGGUUGAACACGCACCGAGUGCUCGGGCUGCACCCCCCGCCGGCGCAAAUCCUCGUACCAACCCUUGUCAAGCAUUUAGAGCAAGUGCGGCACGUGUGCGCUGGCCGUUACCACUCAGUGGCAUGGGGGCCCAAGUGUCUCUACACAUGGGGGCUCAAUGCCGGGCAAUUAGGCCACAAAAUGCGUCCCGAUGACAAUUACGUUACGUCACCAAAGGCGGUCAGAAUUCUCAAUUUUACUGAGACCGAAAUCGUAGCACUGGAUUCCAGCGAUGGUGCGAUUUCGAUCUAUACAAAAAAGGGCGACAUCUAUGUCUUACACGAGUACCAAUGUCGUAAAAUCGCCUCAAGGCAAUUAAACGUCGUCCAAGUUUGUAUUUUCGGCGGGAAAUUAAACACGAAUUUGAGCAAGGAAUUGUCAGGCGAGCCAAAUCGUGAAUUAAAAGUGGCCGCAUUGACCAACACCGGGAAUUUGUUGAUAUGGCAGGAAUCUGUACCGCAACUAAGCCGUUGCAUUUAUUCGCUAAAUCGGCCAAUUGUUGUUAGACAAAUGACGAUCAAUAAUAACGGACUUUUGUUUGUCACGAAAGACGGUGAGGCGUUCCAAGGCACCAUCAAGCCGAAGAAAAAGAAACCUGUGUUACCGACGAUUGAGAAAAGCGCGUUUCAUAAGUUCCUGGACCGGGAGGAUUGUAUUUCGAUCAAACUUUCGAAAUUUCCGCGCAUUCAUCGCGCCAUUUUCAUCACGAGUGACGUCAAAGGGCACGAUUUUUGCGUCAUUCAAGUGCCCCCCUAUAAGCGGUUUGAAGCCCCACUUAUAAUGGAGUCACAGAUGAAAACCAAUUUGGGCGUUUUAUUGCAAGAGUGCCAUGAAAACGACGACUUGCAUGACGUUGUAUUGCACGUGGAUCACCGGUACUUCCCCGCACAUCGUUUUAUUCUAGCCACCAAAAGUUCCUACUUUCAAAAAUUACUAAUAGAUGGCGACAAAACGAUCAAAUUGGACGGCUACAAUUCGCUCAUUUUUGAGCAAUUUUUAACAUAUGUGUAUGUCGGUGAUUGCGAUUUGCUGAAAUGUGGGGAAUGUCCCGAAAAACUUAAAUUUUUGUGUGAAAAACACAAAGAAAACAGCGACGAAGCGAGUGAGAUAAUCGACGGUAAAAUGGCCGCGUUUGAAGUAUAUAACAACAAAUUGAAAAAUCAAAAUAGUAGCAAUAAUAAACAGAAUAGGAUUAAAAACCCAGUCAGGAUGCUACACGAAAUGGCCAAAAAAUUCGGUUGUUUCGACCUUUGUACGAUUUUAGCCGAUUACGAAAUGCAAAAAUACACAAUUCGGCGCAAAAGUCACAAAACUAUUACGAAACCUUUACAAUUUGAUAAAACAUCAUUCGUCGAAUUUAGCGAUGUCACAAUCAAGUGCACCGAUGGAAAACAAUUGAAAGCUCACAAAUGCAUUUUGGCGGCGCAGAGCGACUAUUUCAGCAAUUUGUUUUCGACGAGGUGGCGUGGGACGGAAACUACCGUUAUCACGCUCCCGUGUUCGCGGAGCGUUGCAGAGGCAUUGUUGGAGUAUUUGUACACCGACACUCUCUCCUUGAAAAAUAGGGAACAGGACCAUUUGUUUAAGUUGAUUAUUUUGGCGGACCAAUUGUUCAUCACUCGCUUGAAGGAACAAUGCGAGUUAUUAUUGUUCGAGUGUUUAACUUUGAAAAACUGCGUCCAGUUUUUGGCAUUUGCGAGCAUUUACAACGCUGAGAAGUUGAAAUUGAGUUGUUUGAGGUUUAUUGCUGCGAAUUUGGCUCCACUGUUGGAGUUGCGCGUUUUUGACGAUUUGGACGAGUUGUUGAUGAGGGAAUUGAGUGAUUUUUAUUUCGAGGAGAAGAGGGAGAUUUGGUGUCGGGUUAUAACGCCCUACUCCACAGCCCCCUUGGAGGAGGAGAUUGUCUCAGUGAGUUCUGCAUUUCCCGUUUCGACGGAAGAGGUGGUGAAAACGACGCAAAAAAGGCGUUCGAGACACAAAACUGAGCCGAGUUUGAGCAAAUCUUUGAAGGAAAAUAUCUGUGAUGAAAGUAUUAUUCAAUUCCCUGAUUCUCCUCCUGCUGUGGUCACUGAUAAUUUAGAAAUUCCCAGUCGAUUAAAAGCCAUAAAAUUGGCCGAAGAAAAACUGGAAACUGACGAUUAUCAGCCACAAUACACGAAACUAGUUUCGAAAAAUUCCUUCGAAGAGUUUCCCCUUUUAAAUAGUCCUCCAACUUCCUACAAUUACUCCAAAUCGCCUCAUAAAUUCGCGCACAAAAUCGUGAAAGUCUCGCAAAAGCAGAGGAAAAGACUUUCAUCGGAAAGCGCUCCAGAAAGUCCGAAAAAUCCCUGGAAAAUCGUUAGCGAGGUCGGGAGUCCGCCCUCUAUGGAAACCAGCAUGAGCGAAAUUAUUUCGUCCGAGAAAAAACAGAAGGAAAAUCUAGUCAAGAUUACGAGCAAAUCAUUGAUUUAUACACAAAUAGAAGAUAAGGCAAUUGAGGAUCUCUGUAAGUUUUACAACACGGAAAAUAUCAACGACGAGUUUAUUUCAGUCGAACGGGUCAACAUGGGGGCUGUGGCGGCCCCCAUUUGGGUCCCAGGUGUUAAAAAGUGAUUUUAGUUUUGUUGACGGUGUAAAUUUUAUUUUAAUAAAGUUGUUUUAUUUA